AUGAAGAAAGGAGGUUUGAGUGAUUACGCAGAUUUCGCAGAAGAUGACGCCAACUGUACCCAAGGAAUAAAGUGGAUUAAAGAUGUAAGUUUCAGUUUAUGCUGAGUAAGAAAUGAAUUUUUAGAGGAAUUAAAACGCAAUGUAUGAAAAGUUCAAAAACUGCAGGUCACUAAAAGUUCAGAAUGCUUCAAUUUGUCCCAUAUUAUAGCCAAUGGGUACGUACAUAACAGUGAUACAUCAGACAAGUUUUGGUCCGGCUCCGUGGUCCCUAGUCCGAUCACGGUAACAAAAUAGGUCAAAACCGCAACUAAUUUCAAAAAAAUGCUAGCGUCUCAGACUCAACGCCAAUGGAUUCCUCGCAUCUUUUUGAGUAUAUUUCACGUUGGCACCAAAAAUUUAGCACCCCUCCUUCAUGGAGAAAAAUAUUGGUUUGCGACAUUUUUCAAAAAAAUUUUCAGUUUUCUGCUCGUCCUGAAAAAUUUUAAUGCCGCGUCCAAUGUCUCGGAAAACACGUAAAAACCGCAGGUUUUUCUGUCCACAGUCGGCCGAAAUUUGCGUGAAAAACGGGGGUGCGCACAGCUCAAUGAAUGUAACCGUACCCCUAAAACUACGGUAUUUUUUGAAAAUUUGCGCAUGAAAUUUGAAUAUUUUCAAAUAUCCUCAAGAAAUUAACAAAUUUUAAAGAAAUACCGUAGUUUUAGGGGUACGGUUACAUUCAUUGAGCUGUGCGCACCCCCGUUUUUUACGCAAAUUUCGGCCGACUUUGGACAGAAAAAUCUGCGGUUUUUACGGUUUUUCCGAGACAUUGGACGCGGCAUAACACUGCAUAGGCUAUGCAGUGGUAUGCAGCAUAGCCAUGAUUUUAUUGCUGAUUCUGAAUCUAGACGUCAUUGUGCUUCAACAAAUAUCGCGAUCAGAACCCUUUGAAAAUUGAGAAAAAGCACUUUUCUCAUGUUCGCGAACAUUUUUCCAUGCAAAAGUACUCCGAAUUUUGUGAAUUUCGGCCUAAAAACCCCUAUAUUUCAAUCGGAAUCGGGGUGAACUUUUUUUUUGCCGAAGCACAAUAACGUCCAGAUUCAGAAUCAGCAAUAAAAUCAUGGCUAUGUAGUGUUAAAAUUUUUCAGGACGAGCAGAAAACUGAAAAAUUUUCUGAACAAUGCACGGUCUCCAGAGCUGACAAUGGGCGCAAGUGCGCCCCGCCCAAUAGAGCGAUACAUUGGCGCGAAAUUCAAAUUUUAACAGCAAAAUUUGUGUUUUUUGCCAGAUUAGCCACGAAAAACCGAUAAUUUCUCAUUUGCCUCUCGAUAGACCGAUUGUAUAGGCUAUUACAAAUGUUUUAAGCGCAAGAGCGCUAAAUUUGGUCAAGUCGCAAAUCACAUUUAUCCGUUUGAAGGUUUUUGGCUAAAACUGCGUGAAUUUCAGUUGCUUUUCGGUAGUUUUAGCCGUUCGAGUGCUCAAAAUGCUUGUACUUACGUGAUUCAUCAUUCUCAAAAUUAAUUCUGUCUGAAAACGGUCAAGAAAGCGCAAAAUGAAAAGUGCGGUUUUUAGGCGGCGAUUGCCGGCGAUCGGCGAAAAACCAAAGUCCGCGAAAAAUGCGCCAAAACGUCAUUAAUUCUGAGAAUUAGUGUGUUUUCAUGUCGAACAAUCAUUUUUCAUCGCCGUUGACCACAAAAAUCAGUGAAAACCUGCUCAACUCAUGAAAACGCCAUUUGGCCGAGGCCACGCCCAUAUUGUCCCCAGCUUUGGAGACCGUACAAUGUCACAAAAACAAUUUUUUUUUCUCCAUGAAGGAGAGGUGCUAAAUUUUUGGUGCCAACGUGAAAUAUACUCAAAAAAAAAUGCGAGGAAUCCAAUGACGUUGAGUCUGAGACGCUAGCAUUUUUUUUGAAAUUAGUUACAGUUUUGACCUAUUUUGUUACCGUGAUCGGACUAGGGACCACGGAGCCGGACCAAAACUUGUCUGAUGUAUCACUGUUAUGUAAUUAGCGAAUUUCGAGGUUCUCAGACAUUGCCUUUUAAGGUCACUUUUAUCUAUAAAAUGAGUUGUUCUUCAAACACUUUGAUUAAGGUGUUCACGGACUGCGUCGACACAGAUAUGAAGCUUAUCGGUUUUAUUGUUGGCCUGAUCUCUCUCGCCCUCUGGCUCAUCCCACUUCUACCGCAACUGUGGCAGAACUACAAAACGAAAAAAUGCGAUGGUCUUUCGCUUGCUUUUCUUUUCUUCUGGCUUGUUGGAGAUACGUGCAACAUGCUCGGAGCGAUUUUGACUAAUCAGCAACCAAUCCAGAAGAUUAUUGGAGUUUACUACAUCAUCCAGGAUUUGGUGCUCUGGUCUCAAUACGGAUAUUACACUAGGAUUUAUCGUGCAAGCUCUACAGUGCCAAGAUCGAACACUAUCGUAGUUCCUGUUGUUUGUCUGGCUACCGUAGGAUCAUUUUGUGUUUUCGAUAGUCACUCUCGAGAAACCCGCUUCAAAAGAUCGUUAUUGGAAAGCCUCAACCAGCGGAAAGGUCUUCCGCUAGAGGGUAUUAUCGAAAUGUGGCCCAUUUUCACCAGCUACACCGACAUGUUAGGAUAUUUGAUUGGCUCUCUGGCUGCUGUUUGCUAUUUCGGCGGUAGAAUCCCUCAAAUCAUCAAGAACUAUCAGCUUCGAUCGUGCGAAGGAUUGUCGCUCGUCAUGUUCUACAUUAUUGUUGCCGCAAAUUUUACCUACGGGCUGUCAGUUCUCAUGGCUACCACUGGAUGGUUGUACUUGCUGAGGUAAACUUUUUCAAAGAUGAAGAUGAAUUUCAACCUGUCAGGCAUCUCCCCUGGCUCGCUGGAAGUCUUGGUUGUUGUAUUUUUGAUGCCAUAAUUAUCUCGCAAUAUUAUUAUUAUCGUCAGAAGACGACUCAAGCGGAAGAUACUGAGCGUGCUGGCCUGCUCGCGCAGGAUGAUUCCGACUGA